UUAGUUGAUUCGGCUGUUGUGAUUUGUGAACACCACCCAAACAAACAAACCCAAAUAUACAAACCCUCCUCUUCUCUUACUCUGCAACUCUCUCUUGUACAAACGACCACUGUUAUUUCAAACCCUAGCUCUCUCUUCUGCAACUUCAACUCCUCCCUUUCUCACACUCUCCUUCCAUUCCUCUCUCUUCUUCUUUCCCAAUAUCGAUCCCCUCCGCUCUCUCUCCCUCGCUACUUGCUCAUUUUUUCGAUGGCUGACGGAAAGUUCGAUCUACCGGACGUUAUCCUUCCCUCUAAUUCCAAACCCUCCGAUCAGUCCUGGACUAACAGAGUUGAAACUUCUGGAGAAAAUGGCGAGGAAAAGGUGGUUACUGGGUUACUUGAUGAGUCAAAAGAUUUACUGGUUUCAGAAAGCAGCAUACCUUUGUCCCCCCAGUGGCUUUAUGCCAAACCAGCUGAAUCAAAGAUGGAAUUACGUCCUUCAAGCUCACUAGGAAACUCCACAGAAAGCAACCAGAAGGAUGGUUGGCGUUUGGAAGGGUUGGAGGACAAAAAGGACCGAAGGCGGGUUAACACUGAUGGUGAAAGUAGUCGCCGCUGGCGUGAAGAGGAAAGAGAAACUAGUUUACUUGGGAGAAGAGAUCGCAGGAAAGUGGAGCGCCGAGACAACACUUCAAUGAGGGAAACAACUGACAAUAGAGCAUUGCCUACUUCUGAGCGAUGGAAUGAUGGUCGUAACCCUGUACAUGAAACCAGACGCGACAGCAAAUGGUCAUCUAGGUGGGGUCCUGAAGACAAAGAUAAGGAACCUCGAAAUGAGAAGAGAACAGAUGUGGAGAAGGAAGAUACUCACUCUGAAAGCCAGACUACUGUAGGUAGCAAUCGGUCCACUACUGAACGUGACUCAGAUUCUCGUGAUAAAUGGAGGCCACGCCACAGAAUGGAAGUUCACCCCAGUGGUUCAGCUACAUAUCGUGCUGCACCUGGAUUUGGACUUGAAAGAGGAAAGGGAGAGGGGUCAAAUUUGGGAUUUGCCCGGGGACGAGGAAGGCCAAAUGGUAGUGGGACAUCAUCUAGUAUCGGUACCGAAAGUGUUCCUGGAAAACCAAGGUACUCAGCUGGUAGGUUUUGCUAUCCAAGGGGGAAACUUCUUGACCUUUAUCGUCAGAAUCGGCUUGAUCCAUCUUUCGUUUCAAUGACAAAUGAGAUGGAGGACUUACCUCCUAUAACUGAAGAAGGCUUGGUUGAACCAUUGGCUUUUGCUGCCCCUGAUGCUGCAGAGGAGGCCACCCUUAGCAGUAUAUGGAAGGGAAAGAUAACAAGUAGUGGUGUGGUGUACAAUUCAUAUAAAAAUGGGAGAUCAACUGAAAAUAUGACAGGUGUGGGAGACAUUGAAUCUGUAGAUGGAGCUGAAAACAUUUUGCCUUCAGCCCUUGUCGAGGAAGCUAAUAAUACCAUGCAAGAUGUUGCAAAUGGUGAUAGUACUUUGGUGGACGGAGGUAUUGGCACUGGAAGUGAUGUUGAUAUUGGUGGUGGAUACCAUGGCGCAUUUCAGCAUGAUGUCAAUAUAAAUAGACAAAAGUUAGAUUCUUCUUUCACCAGCCAUUCUUUUGUUGACAAAAUUGGUUCUGCUGAUUCCAACGUUAGUUCCAAGCUGUCUAACAAUCAAGGUUCUCAACAUAUUUUGCCUUUUACCGAGGACAAUCAUAAUGGGAACACCAUCAAUGUGGCGAACGGGUUGGACAAGGAUGUCUUACCUGAAGAUUUAUGCUUGUGUUACCUCGAUCCUCAAGGAAUGACCCAGGGACCAUAUCUGGGUGUUGACAUCAUCUCAUGGUUUGAGCAAGGUUUCUUUGGAACAGACUUGCCAGUUCGCCUGGCAGAUGCACCUGAAGGAACUCCUUUUCAAGAUUUGGGUGAGGUCAUGCCACAUUUGAAAGCAUGGGAUGGACAAGAAUAUACUUUUAAUAAAAACGUUGAGCUAGAAGAAUCUGGAGCUUUUGGAGUAACUUUGGGGAAAUUACCUUCUGCCCCUGCUUCUGGAAUCACUGAGUCAUCUAUUGGAAACGAAUCCAGCCCACCAUUGGCUGAUUUCAACAGCCUCCCAGAUGAGCUUGUUCAGUUGAGAAUAUCCGAGGCUGAAGAUCCAAAACUCCCACAUUUCAAGGGUCAAACCUUUCAUAGUUUUGAUGGGCGAGAUGAAGAAAUUUUGUUUCCAGGAAGACCAAUGAACACUGGCUAUCCUACUGCAAAAUCAUCUGUGAACCCUCAUGAUCCUUUGGAAAGUUCUGGCGUCCACAUCCCUCCCUUCCCUGAAUUCACAGAACCUGGCUUGCGUAAUCAAACUGAAACUAAGUUGCAUCCUUUGGGCUUGCUAUGGUCUGAGCUGGAAGGUGCUCAAACGAGCUAUGCACAGUCAUCUAGUGUGUCUUCUAGCAUGGGCAGGACUUCUUCUUUUGGUGGUAUGGCUGAUCCAGGUCUUGUUGCUGACUCUUGGUCUGAUGUUUAUGGGAAAAAUCAACCUUCUGAUACCAACCUGUAUCAAGAUAUGAUGACUGCUCACAAUUUGUCACGCAUGGAACAUGAACCCAGCAAUCUUGAUUUAGCCGACCAGCUGAUGUCACAACAGUUACAGCAACAAAAACUCCAACAGAGGAAUGUGUUACCUAAUUUUUCCCAGUUAAAUGACUCAGUUUUAGAGCAUUUGCAAAAUCAAAAUCUUAUUCACCCCCAGCAAUUGGCCAACCUUUCUGCAUCAGAACUAGAUCAUAUUAUGAAGACGCUUCAGCUGCAACAACAUCGGCAGCUUCAGCUCCAGCAGCAGCAGCAGCAGCAAUAUCAAAUGCAGCAACAACAAUUUCAUCAGAAGCAAAAGCUUUUGCAGGAACAACAAACUCAUGCGCGACAGUUGAUUCUCGAACAGUUUUUGCAUAAUCAAAUGCAUGAACCUGGUUUUGGACAGCCACAUCUUGAUCCUGUGAGAGCCAAUAAUGUUCUAGAUCAAGUAUUUUUAGAGCAGCACCUUUUAAAUCAACUGCAACAACAGUCUCAUCACACUCCUAGGCAUGUAGAUCCUACUCUAGAGCAGCUAUUUCAAGCCAAGUUUGGUCAGACCUCACAACAAGAACAUCAAAGAUAUUUAUUUGACGCACUUUCCCGUGCACAGCAUGAACAGCGGCAAUCUUUGGAGCAACAGAUGCUUCAGCAGGAGCUGCAAGCUAGGCAGAUGUCGAUGGGAUUGAGGCAGCGAACAAGUAUGGAAGAAGAGAGGCAUGUCAAUUCAGUUUGGCCAGCGGAUGAAUCCAAUCAGUUCUUCAGGGCCCAUGCUGGUAGUCACCGAGCUCACUCUUCUGGAUUUAGUCCUUUAGACAUUUAUCAGCGGCAACAAAGGGCAACUCAUGAAGAGCAGGUCAACCAUCUUGAGCGGAAUCUUUCUGUUCAGGAGCGACUUCAACAAGGGAUAUUUGAGCCUGGCUCACUGCCAUUUGAGCGGUCAAUGUCCUAUCCUCAGGGUGCUUCAGGGAUGAAUUUGGAUGUUGUAAAUGCCAUGGCUCAUGCUCAUGGUCUGGAUAUGCACGAGUCAAGUGCACGAAUGAAAUCUUCUAAUCAAGUGGGACCAUUUCCUUCCAGUGUUCAUGGUGUUGGUCCUCAACACCCUUUAGUUCCUAAUCAAUUUCAAGUUCCACAUAUGGAUGGAACUGAGAACCGAUGGUCUGAAAAGAAUGAGCAGCUAGAAAAUGACUUUGUCGAUUCUCGGUUUCAACAGUCUUAUAUCUCUGCAGAGCGACAUAAUAGGGAGUCUGAAGUUAAAAUGACUUCUGAGGAUUCUUCUUUAUGGAUGUCAAAUGAUGAGAAGUCAAAGAGAUUAUUGAUGGAUUUACUCAAUCAGAAAUCAGGCAAUUAUAUUACUGAAGAUGCGGGUAAAGAAACAUCCUUUGAGAGAAAGGUUUUAGGCAACCAAUAUGCCAGGUCAAGCUCAUCAGAACUAUCUUUCACUUCGCCUCCUGAUCGAGAAGCUAAAUUAAAUAGUUCAUUUGGGGUGGGAAUAUAUGGUUCAAGUCGAAGUGAACCAGCACAAGAAGAGAGCACUGAUUCUGGAGUAUCCUCUCUGCACAAACAGCAACUUGAGUUGCGAGGAUUGAAAAGUGAGGGUAUGAUGAAAGGUCGGGAAUUUGAGCCCCCACAAAGGAUGGUGGAGCAAGCAGGCUUGGAAGCUCUAGAUCACGAGAGGUCAAUGAAUGCCACGAGUAGGCAUUCCUCCCUUGGGGUUACAGUUGGAAGUGCCGGCACUUAUGAUAACAAGUUUGGACCUUCUAAUGCAUUUUUGGACGAUGCUGCAAAAGAUAGGGCAUUCUCAAUUAAAGGGCAAGAAAGUAUUCUGCUGAGACGUCCUCCUGUGCUGCGGACACCCUCAUCUCAGAAUGGUUUGUCUGAGCUACCAUCUGAUCCAGUUUCUAGGGGAAAAUCUUCUUCUAGUGGCAUGCCUGAUGGGGUUUCCCAAGAUUCAUUGAGCAAUCCAACAAACCAAGCUCCAGAUUUACCAGCCUCUUCCAAGAGGGACAUGCGCUUCCGCCGAUCUUCAUCCGGCAGUGAGGCAGAUGUAUCAGAAGCAUCCUUCAUGGACAUGCUAAAGAGUACAGCGAAGAAGGCUGCUCCGUCAGAUGCCCAUUCUACAUCUGAAUCAUCCGAUGUAACACAAGGGCGAAGUGGGAAAAGGAAGGCAAAGAAAGGAAGGCAAAUAGACCCCGCUCUCCUCGGCUUCAAAGUCACCAGCAAUCGCAUCAUGAUGGGUGAAAUACAACGAGCAGAUGACUAGUAGUUUAGAACCAACAACCAUUUUUUUGUUUUGUUUUGUUUUUCCUUUGUAUUAUUAUCCUUUUUUAUAUAUAGGUUUAUAGGUUUUCAGUGUAAAGCAUUUUUUUUGUCAUGGAAAUUCUUUAUUUUUUUUCUUUCCCCUUUGCCAUCUUAGUGAAUGGUAAGAAUAGGAGGGGUUGUAUUGGCAAAAUUACCUGUCUAUAAUGAUAGUCAAUAGAGUUAGUUGUACACAA